GAUGAGUGGAGACGGAUGAGUCCCAUCAGUCCAGCAGAGGAGGAGCAGGGUUUAAAUUACAGGCCGCCCUCUCCAUCACCCAGCCCCCCAACACAAACGCUACAUUCAACGGAGGAAACGGAAAAGACGAAACAUAGAAGGUUUGUCAUUUUAAAACCCCGGGGCUGUGGAAAGAACAGAAAGUUCCCUUUUAUUGUCUUACUUUUUGAUUUUUUUUGUUGAACAUCAAGCCCCCCGCCUCCAAGCCCCUCAUUUAAACUUCUGGCCCCUACUUUUCCCCAGCUGUUUGCAGCUGGCAAAUAAGCACCCGCCCUGUUCGGGGAAAAAGGGACUAAGACUGACCGGAGAGAGAGGAGGAGAGAUGCCACCCCAAGCUCCCCAGUCGCAGGUGAAGAACAACAUCCUGAAGUUCCUCAAGAGUUUUUUGGGUAUCACUCGGAUUCUGCAGAUUGUUUUCGGAGCCGGGCUGUGGGUCACCAUGGCAGCCAACAAAUACGAGGGAUCCAUCCACUUCGUCCUGUUCGUCGCUGUCCUCUUCUGGCUCCUCACUCUCGACCUUUUCUUGCUCACCCUCCUAGACAAGCAGGACAUCGUGCCGUUUUUGGGAGGAGAACGCUGGUUGUGCACCAACCUGGCGCACGACGUGGCUGCCGCCGCGCUUUACGUGCCCGCAAUAGGAAUCCUGAUCCACAAGACGGAUCGCAAUUCGUUCUGCAACCUGGAUCAGUACAAGCACCUCUGUCUUUACAAGGUCUACUUGACAGCCACCGUGUUCGCCUGCCUGUGCUUCCUGACUUAUCUCCUCUCGGUUGUUUAUGGCGCGUGCAGAAAGUGUCGGGGAGAGCAAACGGUCAUAUAAGACACUAAACCGGCUGUGAUGGCAAUGAUGGAUGGAAGCGGAGCGUGGGUCCACUGCAAGAUGAGGAAUAGUUCACUGUAAUUUCACUCAACAGUUAUCCCUCCUGUCUUCCCACAGUGGUGGUGGGGCAGAAUCAGUUGCGGCCUCUGGUGGAGAGGCCAAAAGAUUCCCAGUGGAAGUUUUGUUAUGUGCUCAGUUAACAUAUUGGUAUCUUUGUUAAGGCUAAUUUGAACAGUUUAAUGUAUUUCCGCUAUAAAGAGUCACACUAACAUUCACGGGACUUACAGCAGUAUAUUUAGUGUUUACAACAAAACUGCCUUAAGAUGCCUUUUGUAGGUUUGUACUUGUUAACUGUCCAUCUAAAACUUCUUAUUGCUGCAGUUGUUUUCACACGGACUUCUCUUUUAAAUAUCUUUUUUAAAAAGUAUAUAUUUUUAUGUUUUAUAUGUUUUUGUAUGACAGCAAACGUUAGUGAGCAGUUAAACAGCAUUGACUUACUGAUAAGCUUUUAUCAGCUGUUUUUGUUUAGUCUACAACUCAAACAUUUCGUUCAGUUUUGUUUUCUGUCAGAAUGCUGUAUAUUCAUAAGGUUAAGGCAGCAGCAGUUCCACAGUAUGGAUGGGAUUGGUACUGCAACAUGUAUACGGAACAAUGAUACUCCUUGUAUAAAUCCAGAGUGGGAAUAAAGACGAGUAGGUUCAGAGUCAGUGAAAUGUCUUUGUUGUUGUGAUCCUGCAUUUGUUGUUUGUGAAUGUUCUGUGAAUUUUCUCAGUUACAUUUGGAGAAAAAGCUGGGCCUCUUGCACUAAUUGUUGUGUGUGUGUGUGUGUGGCUUUUUCUAAAUGAAACACAGAUUUGGAGAGGCAGGCGACAGAAGCCUCGGGGAGCUUCCUGUUAGGAGAUAAAAGCCUUGAUGAAUCAGCAGGGUUCAUUUUUGGUGCUGUUCCACCUAACCACAUUAAAGACACUGAGCCU